UGAUUAUUUCAGAUAAAAUAGUAGUUAAAAAACUAAUAAAAGUUAAUUUGUAAAUAAAAAUGGGUCCUCCACGUCAGCAAAUACCAACAAUAGAAAACAAUCAACCUUUAAAUGAUGAAGCACUUAGUUUAGACACAAUUGAUGGUUGUCCUCAGCCAUUUAACAAUGGUGGUAUUCAACUUAGAAAUCAACCACCCAGCAAUAUUGUUGCUAAUGUGAAUAAUUCAUCAAAUCAAGUUAUUGAAUCAACUCCACAAGUUUUGGCUCAAAUUGUUGUUAAUGAAUUGGAAAUUGAUAAUAUUCCAGUUCCAGAAGAACUUCAAAACAUGUCUAGAAAUAGCAAUGUUGAAAAGUUAGUGGAACAUUUAAGAUGUAUUGCAGAUAAAUUAGAAAAAGACCAUUAUCUUAGCCAUUUAAUAUCUAAAAUAGAUGUUAAAUAUGAAAAUUUUAAUAUAAUAUUUGAAGAAAUCGCUAGUGGUUUACUUGUAGAUGGCAUAAGUUGGGAACGAAUUGCUUUACUUUUUUACUUAGCAGCAAGGCUAGCAAUUAGAGUUAUCAAUCAGUUGCCAUUAGUGGAAAAAAUCUUUGAUUGUUUUAAAAUGUUUGUUGCAAAAAAACUUGUAAAAUGGAUUACAGAUUCUGGAGGAUGGAUUGCAGUUCAAGAAUACGCAAAAAAUCGGCAAUGUAUUGCUUUAGCAUUCUUUAUAAUUUCUUGUGCUUUAAUCUAUAAUAAUUUAUAAUUUUUUUACAUUUUGUGACUUAGUUUUGUUUUUUUUUUUUAACGAAAUAUUGAUCUACAUGAGGCAGGCAUUUUCAGCCUUAUUUUUAUCCUGAUACGAGCAUGUGUGUUUCGAUUUUUUUUUUCUGAAUUUUACAAGCAAAACUAAAUUAAUUUUGUAUACUUUUACUUUGUUAACUUUGUAUACUUAUAUAUUAAACUUUAUUUUUUAUAAAAAAUUUUUUUUAAAGUACUAAAUUUAUUAUCCAGGUAAGCUUAAACAUGCACGCAUAAUUGUAAUUGUUAUAUAUAUUUAUACACGCACACAUAUAUUUGUAAAUGUAUAUAUUUUCACGUGUUUAUUUAGUUAAAGAUUAGAUGGCACUUGGUUCUUUGUUGUUUAAAGAUUAUUGUUUUGCUAGUAGAAUUUUUUUUUUUAAUUUUUUUACGUUUUGUAACUGUUUUGUGGCUUUUUUUUUUAACGAAAA